AUGCUUCCGCCCCUGUACACCCGACAACCCGGUUUCCGCUUUUCCUUGAGCCCACUUCUCAAGGGUGCCAUUGAAAAUGACGGGGAUCUUUGGAUCGACCUUGCUUCAUCGCCGGACAACUCCUCCCUGAUCGAUGAAAUGGAAGACCAAACAGGGUUGGAUCGCGGUCAGUGUCGGGCAUUACUUGCAGCGCUAACCCAAGAGUACGCCUUGAUACAGGGGCCGCCAGGGACAGGGAAGUCGUAUCUCGGUGUUCAGUUAAUCAAAGUCUUGAUGAAAUGCAAGCAAACCGCUGCUUUAGGACCCGUGGUUGUCGUCUGUUAUACAAAUCACGCGUUGGAUCAGUUCUUGGAACAUUUACUCGGGGUGGGCAUAAAGAAAAUAGUCCGGAUCGGUGGCCAGAGCCAGUCGCACCUCCUGGAAGACCACAACCUUCGGAAGAUAUCUCAAACUGAGGGGAAGACGAGGUCGGAGAAAUAUCUCGCUGCGAAACACUACGAGGCCUUAGAUCAUGAGGCAAACAGCAUCUCAAGAGACCUCGGUCGUAUGCACGGCCUUUCGCAGCGAUGGAACUGGGCCAACUUUGCACACUAUAUUCAGCGAAAGUAUCCUCGCAUAGGGGCACAAUUUCGGAAAGUUGAUGAAGAAGGGUUCAAGGCCGCCGGACGGCAUCCUUUUGAGCAGUGGGCACCAUCUGCGAAGUCGGUCAUUGGAGCAAAAACAGUGGACGAUCCCAGCGCCAUGGCCGUCGACCAGCUAGAUACCCUUGUUCAGAAAGCCGAGAACAACGUCCACUCGCUGUCCUUAAUCGAACGGCGUAUUCUGUUGCAAUUUUGGAGCCAACAGGUUCAUGAAGAGGCCCUAGACAACGUCUUCGAACGGGUGAAAGAAGCUGAUUCCAUCCAACGGCAUCUUACCAACAUACAUGACGAGGUGGAUCGACGGGUUUUACAGAACGCCGAUGUCAUUGGCCUCACGACGACUGGCCUAGCGAAACGGAUCUCAACCCUCAAGCGGAUUAGAUGCAAGAUAGUUAUCUGCGAAGAGGCUGGGGAGGUCAUGGAAGCGCACAUGAUCUCCGCUUUGCUUCCCACCGUCGAACAUUUCAUUCAGAUUGGCGACCACGAGCAGCUGCGUCCCCAGAUCAACAACUUUCGUGACUUGUCGCUGGAGAGUAAACAGGGGGUACUGUACCAGUUGGACCGCAGCCAAUUCGAGCGACUUUCGAUUGGACAGCCGGGAAGACCUCGGAUACCUGUCGCUCAGCUCAAUGUCCAGCGACGAAUGCGCCCAGAAAUCGCGUCACUGGUUCGCGAAACUCUGUAUCCCGACUUAUCGGACCAUGUGAGCACGACUGACCUACCAGACGUUGUCGGCAUGCGGAAGAAUCUCUUUUGGCUUGAUCAUGAUCAUGUCGAGGAAGGACAACACUCAGAGACACACCACAAGUCACAUUCUAAUAUGUGGGAAGUGGAAAUGGUACAUGCCAUGGUCCGCCAUGUCGUCCGUCAAGGAGUCUAUCGCAGCAGCGACAUAGCUGUCUUGACUCCGUACACCGGCCAGCUUUCUAAACUCCGUGCGGCAAUGCGCAAUGACUUCGAGAUCGUCCUUAGCGACCGGGAUCAAGAGGCACUGGAGAAAGACGGGUUCAACCCAGGCGCCAGCAGUUCCAGCAACACCGCAGAGGACCAGUUUAACCAACCAAGGAAAGCGUCUUUGGAGAAGAAAAAACUUAGUGAGCUCCUACGGGUCGCUACCGUUGAUAACUUCCAGGGCGAAGAGGCUAAGAUUAUCAUCGUAUCACUGGUUCGGAGUAACAAGGAGAAAAGGGUCGGCUUCCUCAAGACGACAAAUCGCAUCAAUGUUUUACUCAGUCGAGCCCAACAUGGCAUGUAUCUCGUGGGCAACGUCGACACCUAUUCGAAAAUUCACAUGUGGCAGAAAAUCAUCGACAUGCUCCGGAAGUCGGAUUCCAUCGGCAGCUCCUUGGGUCUCUGCUGUCCCAGGCAUAAAGACACCCCCCUCCCCGUCUCAGAGCCAGAUGAUUUCUCAAGGUUGAGUCCUGAAGGUGGAUGCCGUCUAUCCUGCUCCUGGCGUCUUCCGGACUGUGGUCAUAUGUGUCAAGCCCGAUGCCACUCUGAAAGCAUGCAUAAUGUCUUCUUGUGCCACCAACCGUGUCAGCGCCUUCAUGAACCAUGUAAACAUGCAUGCCAGAAGACAACAUGCGGAGAAGAUUGCGGAAAGUGUUGUGUUAAGCUGAAAGAUGUAUUGUUACCUUGUGGUCACUCCAAGGAUAACAUUUUGUGCCACCAAGCCCAGAACCCUGCCACCAUUCGUUGUGACGCUUUGGUCGCUAAGAUGGUGCCAGGAUGUGAUCAUACCGUGGAAAUCGCUUGCCAUUUGGAUGUGAGCGCAAAUCAGUUCCAGUGUCCUACCCAUUGUGCUGCAGUGCUCUCUUGUGGCCAUCCGUGUCGUGGAACGUGUGGACAAUGCAAUACCACGGCUGAAACUGGGAACAGGUCGAUCUCUCACCAAACCUGCCGGAAGGUUUGCGGGAGAGCAUCUCGAACCUGUAACCACCUCUGUUCCGAACCAUGUCACGAGGGGAGGGAUUGUGCUCCUUGCUCCCUUCCCUGUGAAGUUCGCUGUCAACAUUCCGGAUGUAUGCUACCCUGCCACGAAGCGUGUGCUCCGUGUAUCGAGCGAUGCACAUGGUCUUGCGAGCAUCAGGGAUCUUGUACCAUGCCAUGUUCCGCUCCUUGUAACCGACUUCCGUGCGACGAACGGUGUACCAAAACACUUCCUUGCGGUCACCAAUGCCCAGGGUUGUGUGGCGAGACGUGCUCCGAGGAGCAUUGUCAGCAAUGUGGCAUGAUGCCAGACAGCCGAGUGGAUCUCCUCGAAAUGAAGACGUAUGCCGAAAUUGAUGUAGAUGAAACCCCAAUCGUAGUGCUUGGUUGUGGGCACUUCUUUACCGCAGAAACGCUCGAUGGCCUGGUCGGAAUGAAAGACGUCUACAUUGCCGACACAUAUGGCCACUUCACAGGAUUUGCAGAUAUCUCUGGCGCGUUAGCCUCUCAAAUUCCCAGGUGCCCAGAUUGUAAACGUCCUGUGCGGCAGUACGCCACGCGGCGGUACAAUCGACUCAUCAACCGGGCUGUCAUCGAUGAAAUGUCAAAGCGAUUUCACGUCGCCGGGAAGACGGAGCUCAGGAGACUGGAACUGCAGCUUGAUAAGCUCGAGAAAGAGCUUGAAAGCUCUCGUUCCAAUAUAACCCUUCGCUUAGGACUCAGUACCGAGGCCAAUGACGACCGAAUAGGAUUUUCAACAAUUCGAGGGAAACAGAUUCAGGAGCGCUACAAAUCGCAUAUCGUUCUAUACAAAGAUAUCAAGGCGUUCCUUCAGAAUUCUGCCGACAGCCAUCAGCCUGCUCAGAAACUUUACGAAGCUCAGAUCCACGCUGCCCGAACAAAAUUGUCAGCGUCUGUUGAAGAAGCAUUGACCAGUCUGAGCAUCCAUGAAUCGGUUUGUCAUGUCGAGCGCGACCGCCGUAUUGCUUUGGGUGGACGUCUGACGCAAAUCAAAGCGGACUGCAUUGUUCUCGAGGACAAGUUCUGUAUUGUAGAGGCUACUGGAUUAUCGGCUAACACUCUAAAGCUUCCGGGCGGGUCUCCAGAAAAGAUGACAAAACCCUAUCUCCAGGUCUGUGCAAUGUUCAUCAAAGACUGCAAUGUUGGAAACCUUGCCAAGCUGGCGGUCGAAGCUUCGCUAUACUUUGCUCGUAUAGUUCGACUUUACCGAUCUUGUCGGCUGGCUAAGAGCGACAGCGGGGCAUCAGAAGACUACUCGAAGCAGGCAAGAGAGCUGUUGGAACAGGCCGUAGAGCUCUGCAAACAGCCCUUCCAGAACGCCGAGCAGCUCCGUGCGGCGGCUGAAGAGAGCAUCAAGCUCUUGCAAAGGGAAUGGUAUGAAGCGGUCUCGUCCGAAGAACUUGACGCCAUCAAACGGGCCAUGGUUAGUGGGCCAGGGGGAAUUGCAACGCACUCAGGGCACUGGUACAAUUGUAUCAGGGGGCAUCCGUUUGCAAUCGGUGAAUGUGGAAUGCCGAUGGAAGAGGCUCGCUGUCCAGAGUGCGGCGCUCCUAUCGGAGGCUCUCAUCACCAAGCGGUUGCAGGCGUCACCCGUGCUAUAGAGAUGGAGAGUUGA